AUGACUGAGGGCGAUUCCUUGUUUGUUAGUAAUAUAAAUGGGGAUGCCGACGAGUUUACCAUUAUCGACAGUGGCAAAACUGCCAAAGUAAAUCUACUGAACAAAACAUGUUCUUGUAGAGAGUAUGACUUGGUGAAAUUACCAUGCACUCACGCCAUGGUAGCCUUGAGAUUGAAGUAUGGAAAUGGAUAUGGUUCAAGCAUCUACAAGUAUUCUUUACAGAUGUAUAAUGUUCAAUCUUACAUCUUUGCAUUUGCUGAAUCUAUCAAUGUAAUCCCUCCAGAGUCUGAAUGGGUUGUGCCCGAGGAGUAUGCAAAGAUGUACAUUGAUGCACCUCCUUAUGAGCCCAAACUUAGAAGGAAGAGAAUAAAGCGUAUCUCUGGCAUCGCGAAACAUUUUAGGCCCAAAGGACGUGUAAAAGGGAGGAGAAACAAGUGCUCACUUUGCAAGGGAAGCAGCCACAAGAGAACAACGUGCCGAAAUAGAGAGGGAUGA